CGCCACUUCCGCUUCUGCCACACCUGACGUCAGAUCCCGGGCCUGGCGCAGGCGGGGCCGGUUUGAACGGUAAGUGGUGGAGGAAGAAGGCGGCUGCUGCCGAGGAGACAGGCCGAAAAUGGCAGUUAAUGUUUAUUCCACCUCGGUGACAAGUGACAAUUUGAGUCGACAUGACAUGCUGGCCUGGAUUAACGAGUCGCUACAGUUGAACUUGACAAAGAUAGAACAGCUUUGCUCAGGUGCUGUUUACUGCCAAUUUAUGGACAUGCUCUUCCCGGGCUCCGUAACGCUCAAAAAAGUGAAAUUCCAGGCAAAGUUGGAACACGAAUACAUCCAAAAUUUCAAGGUCCUACAAGCAGGUUUUAAGCGGAUGGGCGUUGACAAAAUAAUUCCUGUGGACAAAUUAGUGAAAGGAAAAUUCCAAGAUAACUUUGAAUUUGUUCAAUGGUUCAAAAAAUUCUUCGAUGCCAACUACGAUGGGAAGGACUACGACCCGGUGGCAGCUCGGCAAGGCCAGGAGACAUCGCCGGCCCCGCCUAUGGUGGUCCCGAUUCUGAAUAAGCCUAAGAAGAACCUUGCUCCUGCCGGCACAGCUCCAACAAGACCCAUGGUUGCGCAGAGAACAACGGUGGCGAACAGAACCGGACCCGGGAUGGUGAAAAAGGCUCCUGCCGGAAUCGGAGAGGACGACUCUGCCGAACUGAUUCAACAGAUCAAAGCAUUAAAGAUGACAGUGGAAGAUCUGGAGAAGGAAAGAGAUUUCUACUUCGGGAAACUGAGGAACAUUGAGCUGAUUUGCCAGGAGAACGAAGGAGAGAGCGACCCCGUUCUGCAGAGGAUUGUGGAGAUUCUUUAUGCCACCGAUGAAGGCUUUGUGAUACCGGACGAAGGAGCGCCACCAGAAGAGCAAGAAGAAUAUUAAUGGUCCGCCGACUUUACCAGCAGAGCAGCAGAAGCGUCAGAAUUCAGAAAUCAGAAUUCUUUGCCCCAAUCAUGUGCUUAUCUGUAAAAAAAACAAAAUACUCCAUUGUAUUCUUAGAGGACUCACUGGUUUCUUUUCAUAAUUAAAAACAAAAAAAUAAGUACCUCUUCAAGUGCACUUUGCGUAAGUUUAACUACUCCCCUUUCCCCUUCCAAUGGGUUUUAUUUGAGAGCUCUUUUCUCACUCUUGUUAGCAGAGCAGUAUUAACAUCUUACUAGAUGGUGUCAAGUUGGAAGCAAGAGGUUGCAUAUGCGGAGUUCGGCGGAGUUGCUUGUUUUGUGCCGGCGUCGAGGCGCCGGUUUGUGGAGAGGUUUUCCUUUUUGUUUUGUUUUUUUAUUUUUUGGGUUGCUGUAUUGUGCUUUUUGUGGGCGGCUGAGAGAGGAGAAGUAGUGUGUCAGUGGAGCUGUUUUUUUGGGCCUGAAGGAAGGUUUUUGAGCAAAUUAAAAGAGAGAGAGCAAAAGUGUGUGGGUUCCAGUGCAAAAGAGAUGCCUUAAGUGGGGCUGGAACGAAGGCUUCCAGAUGCCAAAUUUGUUGCAAACGUUGACGAGAGGAGAUGUUAGGUGCUCGAAACGGGGCCGGGGAGGGAAAUUCGGCCUUUGCUUUUGGGAGGAACUGCUUCGUAAACGGAUUUCAAAAAAGGAGCCGCGGAGAUAGGGAGACCUUGCUCGUCUCGUUCCAAAGGUGGUUGUGGUUCGGAUGUCCCGAAAGGCCUUUUAAGUGUUUGUUGAGGAGUGUCUGCUUUAUUCCAAAGCAAUAAGGCUGUCGCUAUGAAAUUAUUUUCCCGACCACCUGUUGCUUCCUUGUUAGCAGUUCUUUGAAUUUAGUGGCUCUUUCCAAUCCCUUUUGCGCUCCUUCUCCUUCCUCUUCUUCCAAGCCUGAUGAUCUAAACUCUAAUGCAGACAUGGGCAAAGUUGGGCCCUCUGGGUGUUUUGGACUUCAACUCCCACAAUUCCUAGCAGCCGGUAGGCUGCUAGGAAUUGUGGGAGUUGAAGUCCAAAACACCCAGAGGGCCCAACUUUGCCCAUGUUUACUUUGCAGUGCUGCGCUGAGACCGUUCCAGAUCUCCGGCUUAUUUCUCUUUGUAUGUCCUUCCUUUAGCCUUUGCCACGGCUCCGUGGAGAAAAGCAAAUUGGCGCGCGGUGUAUAACUUGAAAUGUUGAUGCUGGCGUGGAUUUUUGGUUAUUCCAAUUUCUCCUUCCUUGGCCCCGUUUCCCCUUCCUCGCCCCGUUUCCCCCCCCCCCCCCAAUAUAUAUAUAUAUCCACCCGAUUGCUGCUCUUUUGGGAAGAGGGCCUUUUUUUCGAGACGUUGGCCAAGGCUAAGCCUCUGCGCUUAGGUGUGUGCUCUUUGUUUUGUUUGCUUCCGGUGGUUAUAAUAAUCGUGUCCUUUUUAAGUGUGUGUAGAAGAAGAAGAAGAAAAAAAAAGAACGAAGCAAAAGCAUUUUAUGGUUAAAUAACUGUUGUUGUAGUGCAUGAAUUCAUUUUCCCUAAGGAAAGAAAAACAAAAUUAAUUAAAACACAAAACGAAUCGAUUCAGAGGAAGACCCAAAUCCAACAAAUGCCAAAUAAAAAUAAAAAAAAGCAAGCCAUUAUUUAAAAAAAAGACAAAAACAUCGGAGGUGCUAUUUCUUCUCGUGGCCUUCUAGAUAACUUGUUGCCCUAAACCAUUAUUCCACCCAGACUCCUCUUGACAGGGUUUUUUCUACUUCUAAACCGUUUCUAAAUAAAGUUCUGUUAUUUCAAAGAA